CGUGUUGUGUCCGCGCGAAGAGUGGGAGCGAAAGACGAAGAAAAGAAAGAGCGAGGGAGAGAACGAGAGUGGGAGUGCGGAAGCGAGGCGCUGAAGAGAGCGCGACGUAUAUACACAUAUAUAUACGAACGAAAUAAUGCUAGAGCGUAUACGUCAGUCGGCCUCCAUCGCGCGCGCGUCAUCGUCGGGUCGUCGUAGAACGGCGCACAAAGUCGCAUCGUUUCGCAGCCUCCUCGGCGAGACUUCGCGUCGGCCUGGCCGUCGUCGUCGUAGACGCGAGCUCAUCCCCCGUGGAACGAGGGAAUUGCGUGCGCGCGUCCUCACGCGGGUACAACGGCCCGUUAACAAUCGAGCGAGAGAAAGAAAGAGAGGAGAGAAUAGAAUCGCCCGAGUGUGUGCGUGCGUGCGUGUGCGUGUCGGUGGGCCAUCAGGGUGACGGGGGUGUGUUGCUUCUCGACCAACAGCUGUAGCCGCUGCUCCGUCUUUCUCCGUCUCGUUUCUACGCUCCAUUCUUCGCCCGUUUCCCCUUCCCCGUCCCCGACGGCGACGGCGGCGGCAGCAGCAGCAGCAGCAGCGAGGAAGACCCUCCGCGGGGCGGACGUCGUCGCGUCGCACUCGCCCUAGAGGCUGUCACGCUAUUAAUAUACCCUUCCGUGGCGCACGACAGUCGUCCACGAUCGUCUUUGGAGCGCGGACGAGGCGGGGAGCGUUUGCCAUGCACGGCGAGUAGCCGUGCGGUGCAGCCGAAAGAGAGAGAAAGAGAGAAAGAGAGAGACGCGCGCUGUGCCAGGGCACGUGAGGCGCGAGACGAGGGGCGAGGGGGAAGAGGCGCGUCGCGCACGCUGGACGACCGCCGUCGGCGUCGACGACGACUACGACGACGACGACGACCGACGGGCCCGCGAGCCGGGGACGAUGGAGCGACUCUGGGUACGGGAGCGACUCCUGGCCGGUCGCCGGCUCGUGAUACGCGCCGCGGAGUGGCUCCUGUGGGACGUGUGCUGCUGGAUGUAUCGUCGAGCGAUGGGGAUCGAGGUCGGGCGCGAUAACGGCGACGGCAACGCGGCGUCGACGUCGACGCCGCCGCCGCCUCCUCCACUGCCGCCGUCGCCAACGUCGUCGUCGUCAUCGUCCCAGGAGGUAGCGUCCGCGUCUCCGGCGUGCCGGAGCGAGGUGUGCCGGUACUGCCGCGCCGUCGAGAAGACGCUCCUCUGGGAGGGCUUCACCUUCUUCGUCAACCUCUACGUGAUCGUCAUGCUCAACACGAUAUUCUGGAUGUAUAGCCUGAUGGGAAUACCGGAUUCGCGGCUGCCAUUCAGGGUUCUCACCGCGUAUUUUAUUACCCAACUAAUAUUCGCUUUCGUACUCAUGGACGCCUUGGCCCCUGCAGCGGAGCAUCAAAGGGUGUGCAGUAGACUUCACUUCCUGUGGAAAAGCCUGCGGAAGUUGCGGAGCGAGAAACCAGGAUUGCACUGUGUCGUCCUGUGUCUCGUGGCCUUUGGCCUGUGGCUGAGCGGACACAUCAAUCCAUCGACUCGUCACUCGAUAUACUGGGGCAUUGUACUGGGAUCUCUGAUACUGCAGUUACCCAUAAAAUUAUCUGACAGAUUCUCGGAGUACUUCAUGUCGCACAGAGAAUGGCAAUGCGACAGCGAAAUCGAGGAUGAAUUUUUACCUGUUGUAACAGAGGCGAAUCUGCAGGUAUUGAAUCGAGUUGGGGAGACUGGUGAUCAUUCGCCAACACCGACGAGCGUGCAGUCGGACACUCAGAAUGAUUCUUUUUACGAUGAGGAUUUCAUAGAGGGUCUCCAGGAGAUAGCGUUCAAUAUGCCCUACCACGGUGAGGGUAGCACCGACGACGUCGAGCUAUCGGAGUUGGAACUCUGCGUUGACGAGAACGACGCCGAAGAGGACGGCAUAAAGUUUCAGACCGGUCACUUCGAGAAGAGCUCGUCUUCUUCCGAGGAGGAAGUUUUUGACGGGAAGAAAAUAAUCGCUGUAAGCAGCGACGAGAGCAACGGCGACAGCGACUUCGAGAUAAUCGACAAGGAGGAAAUAACAAGGAUGGAGAUGUGAUAAAAUUCGACCGGCGAAAAGAGAACGAGGGAUUAUCGCUAACGAUUAAGAUGUCAUGUCAAGCUGAAAGAAAGCCAUCUCUGAUCUCUGCAGUCGGCCGUGAAUGAAAUAAAAAAAAAUUUAAUGUAAUUACGAUAAACAACAGCGACCUCGCUUGAAACACGAUUGUCUCCAGGCCGAAUGUGAUGAUAAA